CGCGCGACAAGACAGGGGGAAAUAAAUUGAGGCUGCACAGUGGGAGUCAGCCGUGAACUCUGCUGUCCCGUGAGGUCCGGUGAUGUAUGAUCUCACAACAUUCAACUGGUUAUGUAAACAAACUCAUUAAUCCAGAAGUGUGCUUAUUAUACUGGCCUACUAGUGAGUGGAGGGUCAUUGUACGCGGUGCUGUCGACAUUCUACUGUACUUGAAUAUAAAGGAUGGGCGUGAGUCGCCCUCGAAAGGGAAGCGAGGGGGGAUCCAUUUUCAGCAUAGAAGGCGAGCUCACUGCUCAGUUCACUCUGCGCGCUGCUUCCUAUGCGGAGUGAGAGAGAGGCGCUAUGGAUACUACAGGAAACACCACACCAGCUGUCUGAAGACCAGCCAAAUAUCAACUGAAACGCACAGGAGGGAGGGGAGUGAGAGAAACAUAGGUUGUGUGUGUGUGUUAAAGUGUGCAUGUUAGAGAGAGCGAGAGAGAGGACUAAGGUUGGACCAGGUGAUCACGUCCUAUCAAACCUCCAAGGAGCUGCCGGUCAGGAUCAGUGUUUACAGGAAGGAUCAGAGUUCCAACCAGAACAUGGUGGUGCCAGCCCGCUGCCCGGGACCCUGUGCCAUGCUGGCGCUCAGCCUUCUCAUGGGAUACGGCGUGGUGCGCUGCGUCGCCGGUCAGAACGACACGGAGCCCAUCGUACUGGAGGGGAAGUGUCUGGUGGUCUGCGACUCCAACCCGUCCUCGGACGGCGGGGUGACUUCAUCGCUCGGGAUAUCCGUCCGGUCGGCUGGCGCCAAGGUAGCUUUCUCCGCGGUGCGCGGGACGAAUCACGAGCCCUCCGACAUGAGCAACACGUCCAUGACCAUCUACUUUGACCAGGCUUUAGUGAACAUCGGCAACCAUUUCGAUCUGAAAGCGAGUGUCUUCCAGGCGCCAAGGAGGGGCAUAUACAGCUUCGGGUUUCAUGUGGUCAAGGUCUACAACAGACAGACCAUACAGGUCAACCUGAUGCAGAACGACUACCCGAUCAUAUCAGCUUUCGCCGGUGACCAGGACGUCACUCGGGAGGCGGCCAGCAACGGCGUUCUUCUGCAGUUGGAGCGCGAGGACCGGGUGUAUCUGAAGCUGGAACGGGGCACGCUCAUGGGCGGAUGGAAAUAUUCCACGUUCUCAGGCUUCCUUGUCUUUCCACUAUAAUUUAAUAUGUGAUCACGGAAAUCGCAAACGUGACUCCUCCAUGGUUGAGGAACGAUUAAAAAAACAACAUAUUUGCUCUUUUAUUUGAAGUGAACUGUCAGAGGAAGAAGACAGAUUCGUAUGUGUACACACUACACACUUUACAGUAUCUAUUUCAUUCAAACAUUAACGUUUCCAUGGAGUUCGUACAUCCAAAUCCAUCGACUAAAACCCUAUCUGGAAGGAUAAUCGAAUCGAUCUACCCGUGAUGUAUAGGCCUACCACUUGUCGAUUAUUUGGAUUUUAUCGCUUGGGAGUCAACUAACUUUUGUCAACAGACUGUCAAGUCAGUCUACCUCUGUGUACCCUGACUGCUGAACAGAUGAGAAUAAUAUUAUAUAAAUAGAAAAGCUUAAAACUUCCCGAACUAACGUGUAUUUACCAAUGCUCUCUCUAUUUUGUGUUUGUGUAGCCUUAAAUAAUAAUGUUUCCGUCAAGUGAGGUGUAUGGAAUUCUUAUGGACGUCCAGGAGAAGAAGAGUGCUUUCACGCCGAAGCCUUUUUUUAUUUUUUUGUUGCAGGAAUGGAAGAAUGUGUUUGUUUUUUGUGCUUUUCAUGGUGUUCCGUUUGGAUGCUGGACAUGUUGAAAAGAAGGCAAAUAUAGGCUGCCUAACUAUCCAGAGAUGAUAUAAAAGAUUUUUAAAAAAGCGACAUAUUUCAGCCAAUGGACACGUCUAUAGAAACUAUUUUACAAAAAAAAUAUUUAUCUAAUUUAUAAAGUACAUAUUCACAUUAUGGUGUGUUCUACAUUUCGGAUCUGCGUAGCUUCAACUGAUAUUGUGUCCAGUGACGUUGCUCACAAAUGUACAUUGUGAAAAAUAACAACAGUAAAAUCCCAAUUAUAUGAUGUCCCGCCUAAUAAAUAAUAUUGCAUUG